AUGUCUCGAUCAUUCCUAGUGGAUUCUUUAAUCAGUGAUAAACCAACCACAGUGAAAAGCAACGUGUACAACUAUGGACAGUUUACUCAAUUACCGGUGACACCACCAGCCACAUUACCUUACUCCGCGUGUUACGUAGGAAGUUAUCUCUUCUCUCUGGGAUUACAACAACAACAACAGCAGCAGCAGCAGUUACAAGCUCAGCAACUCACACUUCCGCUGCACUAUCAAUCUUCGCAACCUGCCGGUCUUACCUUGGAUCUAGCACCUAAAUUGUAUCAACCCACCGAUGUGCCUCCGAUGAAACUUUCUCCUAAAGAGGAUUAUUAUCGCCGUCUGUAUCGUUGCGAGAAAACUCCCGAGCGAUUUUCCCCGUACUCGACACCACCCAGCACCAAACGUCCAGCCACCACUGUGGUCAACAACAAAUCCUCAACGCCUUCACCGACACCCCUGGACAGCUCAGUAACCUACGCUAUCGAUGAUGAGCUUUCCAGCAAACGCAUCCGUACCGCCUUCACCAGCACCCAACUCUUGGAAUUGGAGCGUGAGUUUGCAUCCAAUAUGUAUCUAACGCGACUUCGUCGAAUCGAAAUUGCCACUCGGUUGCGCCUUUCCGAGAAGCAGGUGAAAAUUUGGUUCCAGAACCGUCGGGUUAAGCGCAAGAAGGGCGACGCACCCAUCUGUACCGCCAGUCCCAGUUCAUCACCGUGCCGCUCGCAGAGUCAAAAUCAAAGCCAGAAAUGCUGCUGCAAAUCGGCUGGAUGCGGUAGCACCUCCGACGGAGAGGAAAGUCACAGCCAGGAGUCAGAGCAGAAACCAACCGUUGAAGGCGUUCACAGCCUUCAGCAGCAUGCUUGGGAUUUUAGCAAAAGUUUUCACUGA